ACCACGGAUCCACUACUGAGGAUGCUCACAUAGUUUCCACGCAUAGUUUUUUUUUGUUGUUAGUUUGUUUUGUUUUUUCUUUCCCCCCCCACACACAAAUGUAUCCACACUGAAGAGGGAAGAGAAGAGGAUUUCCAGUCUCUGCUGUCGGGAGAAGAAUCUGAAGGAGAACUGGAAAUGGAUUUUCUUUUUUCUUUUUUUUCUUAAAAAAAACAAACAAAAAACCUUUCUGCACUUUUUAGAUCUUAAAACUCCACCGGAAACCAUUUUACAGUCUGUCAGAUUCUGCUUGUGCGACCGCGUGAGGCGUCUGAUUGGGACCUGGUGUGGCUCAGGGGGCUAUGGUGAGGCGAUGUGUACAGGCUGGUGUGAGGAGAGACGUACCAGCAGCAGUGGAGGAAGACGGAGAGGUGAAGGAGUGGAUCUUCCUUCCUGGCUGUGCGUCUCGCUUUUGUUCUCUUCCCUGUGGGGCCAAGCGUCCCCGCAGUGCCCGGACAGCUGCCACUGUGCCUGGGACACGGCCACGGUGCUGUGCUCAGAUGCUGGGCUGCGGGAGAUCCCGGAGGGGAUCCCACCAGAAACGGUCUCCCUCCACCUGGAACGCAACUACAUCCGGAACAUCCCAGAAAGGGCUUUCACCGACCUCAUCCACCUGCGGGACCUGUACCUGUCCCACAACCGUAUCGACUCGCUGGCCUCAGGGGCCUUGCGGCAUCUGGGCCCCGAGGUGCGCCUGCUGGACCUCUCACACAACCAGCUGAGGCAGGCCAACAGGGAGGAGUUUGGCUCUACUCGUGCAAAGACACGCCUCUACCACAACCCCUGGCACUGUGACUGCGCCCUCCAGGAGCUGAUGGAGAGUCUGAACCUGGAGCCCGAGACGGUGAAUGGGAUCAUUUGCGAGAGCUCUGUGCGGGGGCUGGGUGAGGGGAGCAGGUGGGAGGACCCGGGGUCGCAGGGCGAGCACGCAGGUCAACCGCUCGUCAAACUGUUGGAUUCCGGGGUGAACUUUUGCAGCCUGCAGAGGAAAACCACCGAUGUGGCCAUGCUGGUGACGAUGUUUGUUUGGUUCUUCAUGGUCAUUGUAUAUGUGGUGUACUAUGUGAGGCAGAACCAAGCCGAGGCCCGGAGGCAUUUGGAGUACCUGAAGAGUUUGCCCAGCCCACGCAAGACCCCGACAGAGACAGACACUCUGAGCACUGGUUUCUGAACUCCGGCUCAGCUGUAAUUUAAAUGGAACAAUAGUCUAAUCCCAUUUUUGUGGAGAGCGACGAGAGAAUCUUUAUAAAGACGCUGUGUGGAGUUACCGUAAGCUGACUGUGGAAGACGCUGAUAAAGAGGAACAGCUGUGUUUUGUGAAUGCUUCUUUACAUUUUGUUACUGCUGAGACCCCCCCCCCCAUUUUCUUUUUCUUUUUAUUUCAUUACCUUUAUGAAAUUUGAUAAGAAGUGUGUAAUCGUUCACUCGCUCUACCAUGUGCAACGAGAGAAAGCGAGUGGAAGCAAAAUGUGCAGCGGAAGAUGAAAGAAGGGAAUGAGAAUAGAGAGAAAAUCGUUUGAACUUAAUAACCUUCUAUCUCCCUCCCCAGUCCCUCUCUCUGUCUCCCAGCAUGCCUCACGCUGGGGUCUUUUAUCUCUCAUUAAGCUCUAAUUAGGAGUCUUUGACCAACUGACCCUUAAUGAAGACAUGAAAGGCAUUAAUCAGCUGGAGUCUGUUUAUAAGGUCGAAUAGGAGGAUGUGCAAACUCGAGUGUGUGUCCUCAUCUAAUUGCUUGUUUGUGUGCGUUCAUGUGGAGUUUUUGUGCAUUCUGUAAAAAAAGAACCCAACAGUUUAACUAUGAUAAUUCCUGCUUUGCACGGAUGCUGUGCAAGCCGCGACCAAUACACGGUUUCUAAGCCAGUUGUUUUGGUGCCAGUGGGGAAGUGCUGAUCUAAAUUUACUCUCAGGAAGCCAUUAGAGCUGGAGGUGAAGCAUUUUGUCUCCGAGCUGCCGCAAUCAGCACUAAAAUAUCUGGACAGCUUAAUGUUCAUGAUUGCCACUGAGAAAAUUUCACAAUCCUGAUUUAGAAGUGGAGUGUUGUUAUACAUAAGAUUGUUAAAACCAUUUAUCCUGAGGGAGGCGGUUUAGUUUGGCUUUAAUUAAUCUCUCGAGUGCUGCUUUUCAGUCUCUGCACUGAUUGCCGUGUACAAAUCGUACUCGCUCCCAUUUUCCACAUAGGCUGUUUUCAAAAAUUGAUUUCUUUUUUUUUUCAAGCCACUGUAAAAAUAAGCAAAGCACUUUGAUAAUAAAUGGAAUCAUUAGUCAUCAGUUAGUACAUUGAACCCCCUGUCAUGUUAGAUAAAUGCCGCUCCUGACUGGAUUACACAUGUUUUCAGUGUGCUUGAGUUCAUUGUCAUCAUAUUUACUGUAGCAGGGGAGGGUGUAUGGUGCGGUUCAUGAUAUGAGUGUUUGUCAUACUUCACUGUUACAAAUAGAAACUGUUUGAUAAUCACCAACAUUCAGUGUGUGUUUAGGUUCAGUGGUUGUCAACCCUAUAAAGAGCUUGCAAAUUAAAUCAGAGAGGUCACGAGAUUAUUCAAAAUUAGGUUCACCUCUUUCCAGAUAUUUAAUGUUUUUGUUCCUACAAAUUAUUGGAUAGCUUCAGGCGCUUCUAGCCGUUUAAAAAUUAUUGAAAACAAAGACUUCGUUUUAAGGGGUCAAAAGCCAAAUAGGUUGGGAAACAGCGGUUUAAGAGGAUGUUAGCUGCUAGCAACAAAGUUCUGGGAUGGCCAUGACAGACAUUUGAUGUGACGGUCAACAAUGUGGCCAGGAAAAUAAUGUUCCGCUCUGGAUGUAUUUUAAUUACUUUGGUUAUCCCGUGGGCCAUCAUUUUCCAAAUUUCUUCUAAUUUAAUGCAUCCGAAAUGUAUAAUAAUCCCAUUAGAUUUAGCUGUACUUCGUGUUUAGUGCUAAAUAGCAAAUGUUGGCAUGCUAACAGUCAUGUAACACCUGCACACCUGCUAAACAUCGGCAUGUUAGCAUUAUCAUUGUGAGCAUGUUAGCAUGUAACCUGACACGCCAGAUGGUCGUUUUGGAGGUAGCCCCUAGAAACUGUUUGGAAAAGGGGAGGCACUUUCCAUAAAUACUUGGCAGGUGAUUGGACGAACCAUCUGUCAAUCACUGUUGAUGCAGCCUGACUACAACCAAUCAGAUCAAGCCAUAUGACCUAUGAUGUACUAGGUGAGUGCUACCAACAUAUCAUGUUGGUAUUCCAGACCCUCUACGAAGCCAUUCGAGAGACAACUUUUCCAUAGACAAAAGCCUUUAUUGCCUUUUUUUCCAAUUCUGGUAUAGCAUAGAUGCUAAAGCAGCAUCUGUGAUAACCUGUGAGGGGCCGCCAUUGUUGUUUGGUCAUACUACAGGGGUUCGGCCACAAGCGCAAAGGCAAGAUGGAUUGGUGAGGUCACAUGAUUGAGUGAUCUCACGAACCUAGCUGCCUCGCAAAGUAAGUUAGCAUGCUUACGUUAGCAUUUAGCUCAAAGCACCGGAGUGCCUAAAUACCACAGCCUCACAGAGACAUUAGCGUGUCUGUACACUCUUAAUCGUAUUCAUGUUUCUUUACUCUGUGAUGGAUUUAAGUGUACAGUUACAACCCUUUAAUUGCUCAUAGAUGUAAUAAAACAUGCCCGUGCCCCAGAUUUAUCUAACAAUUGGGUUGGAAAUGUUUUAAGAGCCAAGGCCAAACCUAGAAUAGGACAACUAUCUGUGUAUUGUAAUGUGCUAAAUGUAUGGUGUAUGUGAUUUGUAACUUAAAGAGAAAAAGCAGGUCUAAGCUCAUGUUGUUCAGGAGGGAGCGAUGCUGUGAAGUAGAGCUUAGAUGCAGUUAAACUAAACCUUAAUAUUGUCAUGAUGACUGGUUCAUGUUAAAACCUGUUCUUGGUUGGUAGAACACAGGGUAAAAGAUUGUAGUACGAUGUCAGACACUUGUUCUGUGAGUUUCAGGAGAAAACUGAUUAAUAUGUAAAACACUGUUGGUGUAACUUCACAUAUGUCCUAAAUGUUAUCUGUCUAUAAAUAAUUUGUCGAAUCAUUA